CUAAACUCCGGAUUGGACAUUACAGGCGGCAGUACCUGCGUGUGUGCGCUCUUAUCUCACUUUUAUAUGGGGUCCACGUCGAACCGGACAAAGGGCACUUGAUCACGUCUAGUGAAGCCGUCUCCCGAUGGAGCAGCACGGAGUGCGUUGUUUCUAGCAGAAUGUCUUCACUGGAAAAGCAGAAGGUGUGUGAGAAAUCCAAAUCAAAAGAGUUUAUUGAGAAAAUCAGUGUCCUGCAAUGGGUUCUUACAUUCCUUGCAAUGGGAAUAGCAUGUACUCUGCUUGUUGUGUACCUGAUGUUUACCUCAUUGUGGAUAUUUUCAGUGAUAUACUUCACAUGGUUGAUAAUGGACUGGGACACUCCUGAAAAAGGCGGGCGGCGCUUUGGUUGGGUUAGGAGGUGGAGUGUAUGGAGGCACUUUAGAGAUUAUUACCCUAUAAAGCUGGUAAAGACAGCAGAGCUGAGCCCUCACAAGAAUUAUGUUCUAGGCUAUCAUCCACAUGGAAUCAUGUGUGCUGGGGCCUUCUCUAACUUCAGCACAGAGGCCACCGACUUUUCAGUCAACUUUCCUGGCAUUCGGCCUUACCUGGCAACACUAGCUGGAAUGUUUAAACUGCCUUUAUACCGAGAGUAUUUGAUGAGUGCUGGUAUGUGUCCUGUUAGCAAGCCUAGUCUGGAAUACAUUCUUUCACAGAAUGGAACUGGUAAUGCUGUUGUGAUUGUGACUGGAGGGGCUGCAGAAUCUCUCAACUGCACUAGUGGGUUGAACCAGUUGGUCUUAAAAAAUCGGAAGGGCUUUGUCAAACUGGCUGUGGAAUAUGGUGCCGACCUUGUUCCUGUUUACUCCUUCGGUGAGAAUGAGAUUUUUCAACAGGUGAUUUUUGAACCAGGUAGCUGGGGAAGAAGCUUGCAGACAGCUUUUUAUAAAUACAUUGGGUUUGCCCCCUGCAUCUUUAAAGGCAAGGGUGUCCUCCUCAGUCAAUGGGGCCUACUGCCAUUUCCCAGACAGAUCAUCACUGUUGUGGGAAAACCUAUCUCUGUGCAAGAGGUAAAGAACGCCCCCAAGGAAGUGGUAGACCACUACCACAAACUGUACAUGGAUGCAGUGCUGGAACUGUUUAAUAACUAUAAGCAGGAAUGUGGCCUGACAGAUCAGCAUGAGUUGAAAAUUAUCUAGCUGUGAAGAAAAAAUAAUCCUUAUCGUCCAAUAUCUUUCCCACCCUCUCUUUAAUGAGGUGCCUGCACUAGUCCUCAUUUAGUCUGAUUAAUUUUUAAAAGGAUUUUCACUUUUCAGUUGCUCUGAUUGUCUUGGUUUCUAAUCUUUGUGUAUAAUGUUGAAAAGGAGGUCUACAGGGAAAAGGAGUAUGGGUGAAAGAGUCCUACGACGUCAUCUUUGCUAUAGAAGAAUAGAUAUAGUACCCCUUAUAAUACUGCUUUAAUAUUAUACUGUCAUGUUUUGGAUUGUUGUCCUCUUCUUUGAAAAAUUCAUCCCAUUGAUUCUGUAGUGAGACUUACUUGCUAAAAAAAUGGGACAUAACAACUCUGACUCACUAUGUCACAUUUACUAUGUUGCUUAACCUGGUCAUACUUAAGUUUUUUUUUUAAUAAAAAAAGUAAUACUUUUUAGUAGUUGUGUGGUAUUAUUCAUGUAAAGUGCUUUGGGAUACUAUUCUUGAAAGGUGUUCACAUAAAAUACUGACUACAGUACUGCAGAUAUGUUUUUUUCUUUUUUACACAUUUCAUACAGUUAAAGAAAAACUGAGUUCAUCAUUUGUCAGUCUAUAUAGAAUUUUGCUCCUCUGAUGAAGACUCACUUUUUCUUUUCACAAUAUAAUACAAUUAUCAGACCUGUUUCUUGUUACCCUGCAGCAAACCCUGGUUUUAGGUGCAACUCAGCUCUUGGUUCUUUUAUUUGUAAUAUACUGAGAUUAUGUCCUGGGGUUGGGCAGGUGGACAACACUACCUUUAAUACAACAUCCAUAUUGUAUUGCUUAGAUUUGUGCAGACUGAAUGCAUGUGAAAACAGUUAAAAUAAAAA